AUGGAAAGGAGAAGAAUUUUAUUUUUUGGUAUUUUACUGUUAAUUGGCGCAGUUUUGGCAGAAGGACAGUCAUUGGAAAGCUUUCAAGUAAGUGAUAUAUCUAACGUAAGAUGAGUAUAAGAUUGAUACUAAAAAUAGUUUUAGAUUAAAAUUCUAGUUUUUCUUGUUUUUUAUUAUCUAUUGCAGUAUUUGUAAGUUUUUCUGAGGUUUUGAGCAUUUGAAACAGAAUGCCAAAGUUUGGCGGGAAAAAUAUUUUUUGAAUUUUGGUUGAAAAACUGGUUUAUUUUAAACAAAUAUUUAAUUAGAAUAGUGUUUUACAUAAAAAAUAAGGCAUUUUGUAACGUUUUUGAACCAUUUUUAAAGUUAAAACAGAAUGCCAAACUUUGGCGGGAAAAUCAAAAUUUAAAUUUUUGGACUGGACUAAUGUUGAAAAAUGCUUUUUUAAGCUUUUAAAACACUUAUUUAUUGAAUAUUAAUGAUUUUUGUUAUAUUCCAUUAAUUUUCAGUCCAAAUGGCUAUGGGUAGUGAUAGUAUCAGCCGUACUCGCUUUCAUACUUGGCUUUGGAAUGGGAGCGAACGAUGUGUCAAACGCUUUUGGUACAUCAGUUGGAUCGAAAGUCUUAACUCUUAGAUGGGCUUACUUCUUAGCUACUAUCUUUGAAACAUUGGGGUCGAUAUUGGUCGGGUAUAAUGUGACAGAUACCAUGAGAAAGGGUGUUAUUGAUGUUACAGUAUACGAGUCAAAGCCGGAAGCCUUGUUAGUGGGUCAGAUUGGAAUUUUGGGCGGAUGUGCUGCUUGGUUAAUGAUUGCUACGUUUGCACGGCUGCCGGUUUCUACCACACAAAGUAUCGUUGGUUCUACAGUAGGAUUUUCGAUUGCCUCGAAGGGAUUCGAGGGGAUACGGUGGAUGAAAAUUGUUGAUAUCGGUGGGUUUUUGGAGCUUGCGGAGUUCAUAUAUAGCUUUAAUGUACCCCUAUUUGCUCUUGAUCCUGUUCCUUCCCUUACACCUACCAUUACCCCUUAUUACUGCCUUGCCCUACCUAGACUAUCCGAGUUUACACUUCACUCUACCUUAAUCUGCCAUACCCUACUUUACCCAACUCACCCCCUCCCAACUGCUAUCAAAAUCUCUAUCCUAGCAUACUAAGCCCCGUAUUAUAUAAUAGUAAUCUACUAUCUUUUUAGUAUUGUCAUGGUUUGUAUCACCGUUAUCAUCAGGACUAGUAUCAGUCAUAUUAUACCUCAUUUUGGAUCAUUUGGUACUUCGGAAGGUAAUUUUUGAAAACAUUUUUAUAAUUUUAAGAGGCCAGCUGGUACUGGAAAUUUUUUUUUUAUUUUUAAAUUUUUUAGCAUCGACCAUUAAUUUAUGGCUUGAGAGCGCUACCUUUCUUUUACUUCUUCUGUAUCAUGUUCAUCACGUUUGCCGUUAGCUAUCAAGGCUCUAAAAGUAAGUUCUUGCCAUUUUUGGUUUUGUAAAGAAAGUUCUUGCUAUUUUUUGUUUUGUAAAGAAAGUUUUUGCCUGUUUUUGCUUUGUAAAGAAAGUUCUUGUCAUUUCUUGUUUUGUAAAGAAAGUUCCUGCCAUUUUUGGUUUUGUAAAGAAAGUUCUUGUCAUUUCUUGUUUUGUAAAGAAAGUUCCUGCCAUUUUUGGUUUUGUAAAGAAAGUUAUUGCCUGUUUUUAGUUCUUCACCUCGCCUCUCUUCCGUUAUGGUUAGCUUUGACUAUCAGUGUAGUCAUGGGACUGAUUGUGGCACUGUUGGUGCACUUCUUCGCUAAACCAAGGCUAGUCAAUUGGAUUGAAAGUAGGUUUUUGCUUAAUAUUUACUACCCUGCCCUACCUUACCCUACCCAACCUACACUAUCUACCCUACCCUACCUUAAUCUACCCAAUUCUACACUAUCCUAUUCAAUCGUACUCUACCAUACACAACCUUACCUACAGUAUGCGUAGGCCUGUUCAUGCUAUAUUUCGUAUUUUAGGACGAAACACCAUACCCUGUAUCGAAAACCGUUUUGAUGGUGAAUAUGAAGAUGUGGUGCGACGUUACAGUACCAUAUCUAAUAAAAGUCCUAAUCCUGGGCAUUACCGUAGUAUCAGCAGCGUUAGUGACCACAAAUCGAGUGUGGAUCGUAUUGAAAAUGGCAUUAAACGCCAAAGUUCGCUCAAGAACGGUGAGCGACAAAGCACAUUAAAGAACGACGGGUUUUCAAAUUAUGGCACGGUGGAUGAUGGUACGGUACACAAUGGCACAAUUGGUACUAAUAUCGAUGUUACUCCUGGUACUGAUAUAGACGUCACUGAUGGUACUAACAUCGAUAGUACUGAUGCUACAGGAAAUGGUGGUACAAAUGGUACUGAAAACAAAAAUACAAUCGAUGGUACUCAAGGUACUAAAAAUGGUACCCACAGUGAUAGCAACAAAAUAGCACGACGAGUUUCAAGUAAGCGUGAACGUACCGUAACCCUGAAUUUGGACGGUGUGGUCGUUCCAAGCCGUGACCGUUCCGAGACCGACAAUGCCAUUUUAGACGCUGCCGCUUUAGCUACACAGAAAUUCAACCAGGAAAACAGCGUGGAAGGCGUCGACGGACUCAGAUGUAAGAGUUAUUUUUUAAACGGCAAGAACUUUCUUUACAUAACUAAAAACGGCAAAAACUUUCUGAACAAAGCGAAAUAUGGUAAAAACUUUCUUUACAGAGAAAAAAACGGCAAUAAUUUUCAUUGCAUAACAAAAAAAUCGAAGUUUUCAAAAAUCGAUAAAAUUUGUGACAUUCCGUUGAAAAACCAAUAAAUUUUGUGGCAUUUCGUAAAACUUUAGAAAUCGGUUCCUUUUGAAUUAAAAUGCUGCUUGAAAUCAAAAUCUUAAAUUUAAAAUAAAAAAUGGCAGUAACUUUCAUUAUAAAUCAAAAAAUGGCAAGAACUUACUUUACAAAUCAAAAAAUGGCAAGAACUUUCUUUACAAAACAUAAAGUGGCAAGAACUUUUAGAUUCCACCCCUCCAUCGUCACCUAGAAGGAUAACGUUAGUUGGUGACUCUUUCAAAAGAAGUAGAGCUGACACUUAUGGUGAAGAUCAACAUCUAGAAUGGAGUAAGAUCUACUACAAUAUAAAACCUGACUGAAUGCUUCUUGAUAUCUUUAUUGUCCUCUUUGUUAAUGUUAUCCAUACUUUUAUUACCUAAAAAUUUUAAUUUAUUUUUUUCAGCUCUACGAGGAUUUGUAAAAUGGCUUUUGCCAUUACCUACAAGGAAAGAAGAUCGCCAGACCUUGAAAUUGUUCAGUUCACUUCAAAUCUUUACUGCUUGCUUCGCUGGAUUUGCUCAUGGAGCUAAUGAUGUUAGGUAUGGACAUUAUACUAUUCUUCCAUACCCUACCCUACCUUACACUACCUUACGCUAUCCUACUCUACCCUGCCUGCCCCACCCUGCCCUGUCUUACCAUAGCUUACAAUACUUCACCAUGUCAUUCCCUAUCUAGCCCUACCUUCUCUUCAACCUUGACUUCAAACUCCUUUCAGUAACGCCAUAGCCCCACUCACCGCGGCCAUAGCCAUUUACAAAGACCAGUCCGUGCUCCAAAGCGAGCCCACUCCAGUCUACGUUCUUCUCUACGGUGUUCUCGGCAUUGUCAUUGGCCUCUGUCUUCUUGGCCACAAAGUGAUUCGGACCGUGGGCCAAGAAAUGUCCGAAAUCCAUCCGGCUAGCGGCUUCUGUAUUGAGUUUGGCGCCGCUGUAACUGCCUUAUUGGCCAGUAAAAUGGGCUUACCCAUCUCGACCACCCAUUGCCUUGUUGGAUCUGUGGUCGCGGUGGGUGUGGUAAAAAGUGGAGCCGGAAUUAAGUGGCGGAUCUUUAGGAAUGUGGUCUUUUCAUGGGUAGUAACACUACCGGUCAGUGGAGUAAUCGCAGCGUUGAUUACUGUAACACUGAAAUGGGUUGUGGAUUAA